UUUUUCUUACUCUGGGUUCUUUUGAAAACAUGAAAUUAUGUUUUGGAAUUUCUCUUCAGGUUUGCAGAUGCUGCAUUGUUUGAAAGCCAGUGAUUCUAAGCAGAUAGGAGAAGAUUUUGGAGGAAAAUCUUUCUUUGUGGAUGGAUUUUAUGUUGCUAGGUGGUUAGAGGACAACCACCCUGCUUCAUUUCAUGUUCUUACUUCAACCCCUGUAACUUUUGCCAUCAAAAGCCAUUCAAUGAGAUACAGCCAGACCAUUCCUGUGAUCUGUGUAGACAAAGAUGGGGAAGUUCAAGAGAUUCAUUACAACAAUCGGACUUUGGCUCCUGUUCAGCUUCCUUCACACUUGGUGAUGCCAUUUUAUCAUGCCUACAGGUUAAUAGCUCAGAAAAUGAGAGAUCCUCAGUCUCAGCUAUCCUUCAACUUGGUACCUGGUGAUCUUGUAGCUUUCAACAACCGCAGAGUUCUUCAUGGACGCACAAGCUUUGAUCCUUCAAAGCUGCAGAGGCACCUUCAAGGAUGCUAUCUAGAUAUUGAUGAAGUUUUCACUCGAUACCGGUCACUCUUGCCUGAACAUUAGGAAAAUAUGCUGCUCUUCUGCUUGGUCUGCAAAAUCUACUCAUUGUCCAGUUAUAAUAAUAAUAUAAAUUUUACUUAAGAUAUUUUAUAUCAUAGUAGUAGAAUAUUCACUGUUUGAAAAGGGCAUUUUUAAUUGAGGUAUGGGCAAAUUAUCCUCUUUCUUUUAGUGCUUGCUGACAUUAAAAGUAAGGUUUCUUAGAUUUUAUUUGAAGGGUAUCACUCUUUCUUGUAUCUUGAAGCUAGAUCACUGUGGUUUUUAAUAUCUGUGAAAAGUACUUAUGACAGAAUCAGUACAGAUAUCUUAAGUGUAUUAGUAAGAUCUAGUUUUAAAUCAAUUCAGCCACAAAUUCAAGGACCGGAAGAAAUUAAAAUGAGAAAAUACGGGUCAUUUAGUUUCAGUCGAUUCAACACCUGCUAGAAAGUAAUACAAAAAUUUGAUUUACUGAAGGUUCUAUUAAACUUUGCUGAUUUUUUAGAUGUAUUGUUUUUUUUUUGCUUGCCUGAUAUUAAGUUUAUUUUUGCCAGUACAUAUUUAAAUUUUAAAAUCCAUAACUUGCAAACACAAAGAUCUGUACCAAUGAUGAUUUUAGGAACAGUAUUAUAAGUUGUGUGUGUGAAAGUAAAAGAAAAAUAUACUUUCUAUCUCUCAAAAUAUUUAGAGUAGUUGUGAAUUUUAUGGUGUAUGAUUGGUUAAUAUUUUAAACAGAUUGUAAGUACAGAAUAUUGUGUAACCAAUCAAAAAAUAUAUAUGAUGAUAAUAUAACUGCACACAACUUUUCAAUGUUUAAAAUUAAAGAAAAUGUAUUCCUCCA